ACAAGAGCACUUGGGAUCGCAACAGCGUUUGCAGCUCCCUGCUCCUCGCUGCGCACGGGAAUGGAGGGGCAACUCUUUUUCCUCCUGCCCAGACAAGUGAGAAGGGAAAGCGCGCGACUCUUCUGUUGAGGAGAAGCGAGGGAGAAGCCGCUUUCUUGCCCCCCUUGUCAGCCGGGCGGCGGCUCCUCCUACGGCGGUCCUUCUGGCAUCUUUGCCUGAGCGCCGCGUGGCCGAGGCCGGCUUGCAAGCGCAGCGGCGCGUCCGGAAGGCCUCCUGCCUGCUUGCCUGCCCGGGAGGAAGGAGCAAGACGCGCCCGCCAGAGCUCGCAGGGGCGGGACUGGCAGCGACGGCAGCUCGAGGAACCUUCCCAACCUCGCCGGGCCGGCCUUCCUUCCCGCUGGACGCCAUUAUGCCAGAUCCGACUUACUGUGAUCGUUUACGGCAGGACAUGGCAUUCCUAACGAGCAACGGCAGGCUGAGCGAGCAGCUGGUUGACAAAAUUAUCCUUCAGCUGAACAGAGUUUACCCUCAAAUUCUUACCAAUAAAGAAGCAGAAAAGUUCCGAAAUCCCAAAGCUUCUCUUCAUAGUCGGCUGUCAAACCUUCUAGCCCACUUGCAGAAGGAAGGCGACAAACCCUGUCAAGAAUUUUACCGUGCUUUGCAGAUCAAUGCUGAACAGCUGUAUAACAACUUGCCAAGCAGAAGAAUUCUAAAAACCUCAGAUUCCACAGGGAUAAACCCUGAGAAGGAGAAAUGUAUUCUAAAUGACAGGGGUCCUACAUUCUUCCUUGCCUGCUUCAGCAUCGCCGCAGGAUUAGCCUUCUACAUGUAUUGCUGUAACUCAGAUUCAAAAGUCCUAGGAGGAGCCAAGAAAAUACUGGGGUUUUCUCCAAUCAUCAUAGGAAGACAUGUUAGGAAUAUUUGCAUGUUGUACAUGGAAGACGCACCAAGAAACAAAUAAGCAUAAACUGGCUCACCAGUCUAGCAUGAAAUUUUCCUGCCGGCGGAAGAGCUACAUUGUCAAAAGAUAUGCUAUUUUCUUAUACCAAAGAUAUAACCAACCUGUGGCUUCAGCAGUGUAUAUUUGCUGCUCCCAAGGGCUUUCAAAGGGUCAGCUUUAUAU